AUGGCCAACAGCAACAACCCGCCGAAAAACCCCCGCGCAUGGGAAGCUCUUACUCCGUCGCUCUCACAAUGGAUCCUCGAUGCUGUUUCGGCCAUGGGCUUCAGUCGCAUGACGCCCGUGCAGGCAUCUGCCAUACCUCUGUUUAUGGGAAAUAAGGAUGUGGUUGUGGAGGCUGUGACCGGCAGCGGGAAGACCAUGUCUUUCCUGAUACCCGUUAUUGAGAAACUAUUACGGUUGGAUUCCGCCGUCAAGAAGCACCAUGUUGGAGCUAUAAUAGUGUCGCCUACUCGUAGCGAACUGGCGGAACAAAUUCAUACUGUGCUCCUUUCGCUUCUCGCUUUCCAUGGACCCUCGGCGUCGAAACUCGCCCAGCUAGAGGGCAAGGAACCCGGAUUAGAUCCAGAGACGGGAGGGACCACUACGCCAGCACAGGAUCUCAGUGUCUUCCUCAAGCGCUCGCCGAACCUCCUCAUAUCCACCCCUGGCAGGCUGCUAGAACUGCUCUCUUCACCACAUGUCCAUUGUCCGCAAUCAUCGUUUGAAGUGCUGGUCCUUGACGAGGCGGACCGCCUGCUAGAUCUAGGGUUUAAAGAUGACCUCCAGAAGAUCCUUGGACGACUACCAAAACAGAGACGAACUGGGCUGUUUAGCGCCAGUGUGAGCGAGGCCGUAGACCAGAUAGUGCGUGUCGGGCUGCGAAACCCAGUUAAGAUUGCUGUCAAAGUCCGCGGAGCUGGUGCUGAGGAUAAACGGACUCCAGCCAGGAUUCCUGCUCUCUCCAAACUUCUGUCAUCUAUAUCUCCCGUCCCCCAGAAAUCUAUCAUUUAUUUUUCCACUUGUGCUGCGGUGGAUUACUUUAGCCUAAUACUCCCUUUACUUCUACCAUCUUCAUUCACAACCGUACCUCUGCACGGCAAACACGCCCCUACUGUCCGUCAACGCAAUUUCAGCCGUUUCACUCAAUCGGUGGCGCCAACUAUCCUUCUCACCACUGAUGUCGCUGCCCGAGGACUCGAUAUACCCCUGGUCGACCUGGUGGUGCAACUUGACCCCCCCACAGACCCAAAGGUAUACAUCCACCGAUGUGGGCGGGCCGGCCGCGCAGGCCGUCGUGGCUUGAGCGUUUUAUUUCUCACAUCAGGCAGAGAGGAAGAUUAUAUACCGUUUCUCGAGGUACGAAAGACACCAGCUAUGCCCUUCUCAGCACCAGCUAUCAAUACCACGGAUGCUGAAGCACAGAAUACAACGGACACAAUUCGUCGUUCUGUGCUAGCUGAUAGGGCGGUCCAUGAUAAGGCACAGCGUGCUUUCGUCAGCUGGGUACGAAGCUACAGCAAGCAUCAGACCAGCAGUAUAUUCCGGGUGGCCGAUAUCGAUUGGGAAGAAACCGGCCGCUCAUGGGGGUUACUUCAUCUUCCUAAAAUGCCAGAAUUGAAGGAAUUCAAGGGAGAUAAGAUGCUGGGACUGGGCCCUGGGGAUGUGGAUUGGGAUUCUUUUGCUUAUAAAGAUAAACAAAAGGAGAAGAGCAGGCUGGCUGCUCUAGCUGAGGCGAAAGAAAAGGGAGAAGGGCCACGGAUGUCACGGAAACGGUCUGCGGCAGCCGGAGAUAACAGUACAGUGGCUUGGAGCAAGAAAUUGGACAAGAAAGGAGAGAAGGAGAGGAAGCGGGAGAGGAAGCGGGUAAAGAGAGAACACACUAUGAUCGAGGCCAUGACGGAAGAUGAGAGAGCAGAAUUACGGCGCACUAAUGAGAUGUUGGAAAAGGUUCGCAAGGCAAAUAUAGAGGCACGAAAGGUGAACCCGGCAUCCUCGAAGAAAAAGGUAGAGUCUCAUGAUGCUGACGACGUGAACGAUGACGAGCCCUUUGAAGGAUUCGAUUAA